AUGGAGAUCAAACAGAUGGAAUGUGAUGUAGCUGAUGGUCUAGUGGAUGAGAGGUGGGCAAUUGUCAUGGUGGCACUAGCCUCGAUCCUUCAGUAUGGCAGCUAUGUUAUCUUUGGCACUUUGACUCCGCAAUUGGGUUCCUCUUCCGGUGACAGCAAGUUGCCCCUUUCGGCCACAGAGGAUCUUAUGGUGCCAGAUGAUUUCAAAUGCUCUAUAUCACUAGAGAUGAUGCGUGAUCCGAUGGUUGUGGCCAUUGGGCAGACAUAUGAUAGGGAUUCCAUUGCCUGUGCUGAGACAACUAUAUUCCCUUUGAUGGAUCCGACAACGCCAUGGAAUAAGAUGACUGUUUCGACUGACAACGCUUCCACCCACACUAAGACUAACAAAGCAACCCUCGAGGCGGAUGAGUUCGCUACGGCAUCACUGACAGAUGAUGUGCACUGGAUCGUCGAUGAGCUCCAGCUUUUGGUUAACGUCGCGACUGUCUUGCUCAACCUAUCGAUUUUGGAAGCCAACAAGUGGCGCAUCAUGCACACAAAUGAUGUCAUCAACGACAUCGUCCACGUUCUAGUAGAUGGUGUCUCGUGGUAG